UCUGUCAUAAUAAACUUGCGCGCACAUGAAUUUGCACUACUGUUUAUACGUUGAUUUGUGUUUAAGAACGAAUGAUAAAACGUGCAACGUGCAAGAAGAAAAUCCAACGAAUGAUUAUGCAAUUUGGUUAAAAAGUUAUUAAAUAAAAUAUUAAAGAAUUAUAUAAAAGACGUAAUCGAGUAGUGACAUAUUGUGAAUUUGAAUCUAUUUAAUUAUGAUGACCAUAGAAUUAUUAUUCAGAAUACAAAUAAAUUCUGAGAUGAUUAUGCCGAUCACAUUGAGUGGCAUAAAUCUGAAAACGAAAGUGGAGGAACUAAAACGGGAAGCCGCGGGAAGAUGGAAUUUGUCCAAGGAUUCGUUAGAAUUUAUUUAUUGUGGACUUACACUUGAGGAUGAUGCAACAGUAGAAUCUAUUGGAUUGAAAAAUGGAUCGAUGGUGCAUGCACUGAAAAAAAAGGAACCAGAAUCGCCAGCACCAAAUAGAUAUAUAUCAGAAGAUUCUAUCUUACAAUUGGCAUCAGCAUUUAAGUCUUUUAAUGAGAUGCCUGCAUUUAGAAGCGCUUUGCAUCGUUUAAGUAAAAGACCAGAGGUGAUAGAUAAUAUUAUAUCUUCCUCUCCUGGAUUGCACGAAGAUUCUGUCGCCAUAGCUAUGCUACAGGAUCCAGAUUUAAUGGCACAUUUCACAGAUGUUGAUACUGUUAAAAGAAUCGCAGAGUUGCAUCCGGUAUUGAUCGAGGCGGCGCAGAACAUUGCGGCUGCCGUGCACGAGGAAGCGCAAAACACAGCUUCCAGCGGCUCCUCCAGCACUUCAGUGGCCAGUUCACAGCCUACAACCGCGCGUUCUUACAGCGUGGAUAACAUGAGCCUCGAAGAGGAGAUGGCGCGUGACAUCGCACACUUUUUCGCCACGCAUCCUGUAAACGAUAACAACUUGCGCUUCCCCAACAUACCGGCGGCCGCAAAUUCGCAGACGUCGCAACGGCCGGACAAUCCGCCAUCCUCCACAUCCGGUAGCGUCAAUCAACCCGUAACUGGCAACCAGAAUAUCGGCGUGAUUACAUCUCAAAUGUUUAUGGAAGCGAUGAGACAGGCCGCGAUCGCGACCAAUCCAAAUUCGCAGCAAGCAGCCGCAUCUCCGGUGGCUCCCUUGCCACCGAUGUUACCGCCAUUUUCACCGCCGGUUAAUGACUUGCAACGGCAGUUGGCGCAGAUGCACGAGAUGGGUCUCCAAGAUGAUACGGUAAACAUUCAGGCACUGCAGUUUACCAACGGUGAUGUGCAGGCGGCGAUUGAACUCGUAUUUAGCGGUUUCAAUGAUAAUUAAUGGGCAGCAACAACAAUGAGACGAGAUAUGUAAGUGAUUAUACUUUGUAUAAAUAGAAAGUGUCUUAAAAUAUUUAGAUAUCUCAUUCUAGAUAUCUGCAAUAUUCCGUGUAUAGUGAGAAUCAAUUAAACUAUAUGUAUAUAAGCUGUUAAAACAUGUGUACAAGUGUGAAAAUUAUUGCUUGAGAAAAGCUGUGUCUUUUAUAUAAUUUUUGAUGAGAUUGUAUAUAUCAUUCACUACCUUUACUGUCUUCGUUGAUAUAGUAGAAUCUAUAAAACGUUUCCAUCUUUCAAGAGCUUGUUUGAAGAUUAUCUUAAUUUUUCAGAUCUAAAUACAAUGUACUCAGCAUUUUUUGCAAAAAAAUACAUGAUAUGCGGAAAGAUCAAUAUUAUUUAUCAUAUUAAAUAAAAUUGUAUACUUUGUGUUAAUAAUUAUGUAUCAAUUAUAUCUUCGAUAAUUUUA